AGCUGCGCUUAUGCAUUGUGGGAAAUGUGGUUAGUCAUAUCAGUGGAAAAUUACUCCAGAAAACGACGGGAUACUUAACAAAUAAAAGGUUUUAGAAACUUUAUAUAGCGUCAACGUUUUAUUAGGCUAUCAUUAUUUAUUUUUACCUUGUUGGAAUCAACUUAUUUGAAACGUCUUAAAUUAAAGCCUUAACCUAUUCGUAAUGUAGCUACAUUGAGUAGGCCUAGUCUAGCGUUUAUCUUAAAUCUGGCGCCCAGUCCAAAAUCAAUUGAAUUUAGAUUUAGCAAACCUGAUAUACUGGUAUUACAGAAAGCUUGGAAAUGUGAUUAAAGAUCACAGUUCUUAACCUCCAGUCUUGUAUUGUAAAAUGAUCAAGGUCAUUACUGACUGCAGAAAUCCCUCUGUCUAAUAAAUGUAUGCGUCUAAAAAAAAAUAUGUGCCUUCAUUUAUAAAUGACAUUACCUCACCUCAGCUGAUUUGGAAUAACAUCUUAAUCUUACUUUCUGCAAUUUAAUUGCACUGCACUUUCUCAUCUGUUUAUUUUGUGUGAGGACAGAUGCAGCUCACCCCAUGAGCAAGUAGGUCAGCUGCAUAUGACAUUGUUAUGUCUCAAAAUUACCUUGAUCCUUUCACCCAGAUACAGACGAUUGAUAAAGAUAUACCACAAGCAAUGAGUAAUUGUGUUUAUUUUUGUUUUACUUCAGCUUUAACGUGUGGGUGGGCACUUCAGGUGCACCCGUGGGAUGAUCUUGGGAGGACCUCGCGGAUCUGUUAGACUAGAAUUCAAUUUAUUUCCUUAGCUACUAAUGACAGAAAGGCUGUAAAAUCUAUCGCUAUGCUGGAUGAAAUGAUAGCAUGCAUACAGUAAAACUAAGGUAAACAAACUUAGUAAAUAACAUUCUUAAUGAGCACUGUAAACCCCACUGCUCAGGAACCUUAUGGUGCAUUUCCAAAUUGUUCUUUUGACAGUAAUACCUAAGAGGCUUAGAUUUAGCCUUUCCACAGACUGUUUGUCCUUUAGUCCUGGAGGUUUGAUCGUGGCUAAAGAAGACGAUUUCUAGUAGUUUCCAAUGUUAAGUAAGGGACUACAAGAGGUGAUAAGUCAUGAAACAAAGCUCUUUUAGGAUAAACUCUUUUGAUAUGUAAUAGGCGUGGUUUAAUAUGCAAAUUUCCCGCCCUGGUGGCCACGUGACACACUGAACGUACAACCAAAGGCGUUUACAGCGGAAGAUAAAGAGUGGAUGGACGUUUAUAAAAGGCGUGUUUGGGGCACCAUUCAUUCCAAAGGAAUUAAAUCUUCCAUUUAUGAACUUUUAAAGACCUCUUCUGACAACGAACAUAUCCUGCCUCCUUCCGCGUUGAAGCUGUCAGUAAUCGAUGAAGAUGAUCACAACGCAUGGAGCCCUUCCUUCAUUCAACUAACACGCGCUGCUCAGGUCUUUAUUUCAACACUGUAUCAUGAAAAUGAAGGUCAUAUGGAGUUGGGAAUGACAAGGAAUGUAAACUCUUGCCAUUUCUAGACCAGAAGCCAGAGACAUCCUCCCCAAAAUAACUCUUGUGCUUCAUGAGAGCACCGUUGGAUAACAAAUCAAAACCAAAUAGAGAUUCAUCUGACAGACGGCGGAUGCUUCCGUUUCCUUCUAGAAAGACAGCAAACCAAAAGGAAUAAGAGAUUUUUUGUGCUUUUGCUUGCAUCUUUACCCAAAUAAACCAAAUUUUUUGCAGACAAUUGCAUUUUGAACUGUUAUAGUAGCUUAAACAUGUUAAAAACAGGACCAGUGAUGGAGGCGGCGGAUAUUGCAAUAGUUGCACUUUAUUUUGUGCUCGUGCUUGUAAUUGGUCUGCUCGUCAUGUGGAAGGCCAACCGUAGCACUGUCAGUGGCUACUUCCUGGCAGGUCGAACUAUGAAUUGGGUGGUUGUUGGUGCCUCACUGUUUGUCAGCAACAUUGGCAGCGAGCAUUUCAUUGGACUUGCUGGUUCUGGUGCAGCCAGUGGUUUUGCAGUGGGCGCCUGGGAGUUCAAUGCCAUCCUGCUUCUGCAGCUGCUCGGCUGGGUGUUCAUCCCAGUCUACAUCUACUCUGGAGUUUACACCAUGCCAGAGUACCUCUCCAAGCGCUAUGGGGGCAAGCGGCUAAAGAUUUACUUUGCAGCCCUCUCACUUCUGCUCUACAUCUUUACUAAACUCUCAGUGGACUUGUAUGCAGGAGCUCUUUUCAUCCAGGAGUCUCUUGGCUGGAACCUCUACCUGUCGAUCAUCUUGCUUAUCUCUAUGACCGCCUUGCUGACAGUAACCGGUGGACUGGCUGCUGUGAUAUACACAGACACUCUACAGGCCGUGCUCAUGAUUGGCGGUGCGUUAACCCUCACCAUCAUCAGCCUGCUCAAGGUCGGCGGUUUGGAAGGGGUGCGGGAAAAAUACAUGGAGGCGAUCCCCAAUGUCACAGCCAUCUUGGCUAAGAGCAACUUCAGCUUCCAGUACACAAACUCCUGCCGAAUCCAUCCCAAGCCAGAUUCCCUCAAGCUCCUACGAGGACCGCUUGAUGAGGACAUCCCUUGGCCAGGCUUCCUUUUGGGUCAAACCCCCUCAUCCAUUUGGUACUGGUGUGCUGACCAGGUCAUCGUCCAGAGAGUGUUAGCCGCCAAGAACAUCGCCCAUGCCAAAGGCUCUACACUUAUGGCAGGAAUGCUAAAGAUCCUUCCCAUGUUCAUCAUUGUUAUUCCAGGAAUGAUCUCACGAAUAUUGUUCCCCGAUGAGCUGGCAUGCAUCGGACCAGAGCACUGCAUGGCUGUGUGCGGCAGUCAGGCUGGCUGUUCCAACGUCGCCUAUCCUCGGCUGGUCAUGAACGUCAUGCCGGUGGGUCUCAGAGGGUUGAUGAUGGCUGUGAUGAUCGCUGCCCUCAUGAGUGACCUAGACUCGAUUUUUAACAGCGCUAGCACCAUCUUCACACUGGACAUUUAUAAAAUGCUGCGUGCACGUGCCUCCUCCUGUGAGCUGGUGGUUGUCGGCAGGUUUUUUGUGAUAUUCAUGGUGAUUAUCAGCAUCGCCUGGGUGCCUGUCAUUAUUGAGAUGCAAGGUGGCCAAAUGUACCUGUACAUCCAAGAAAUGGCAGGAUACCUCACUCCACCCAUUGCUGCCCUCUUUCUACUUGGAGUCUUCUGGAAGCGUUGCAAUGAGACCGGCGCAUUUUGGGGCGGCAUGACUGGAUUCGUACUAGGCACUACCCGCCUCUUCCUUGGGUUCAUAUAUCGUGAGCCAAAAUGUGACCAGCCGGAUGAACGCCCGGCUUUCAUCACAGAUGUCCACUACAUGUACAUUGCUGCCGGGUUGUUUUGGAUCUCCGGGCUGGUGGCAGUGUGUGCCAGUCUGUGCACAUCUCCACCAGAAGAGGAGAUGGUUAAGCGUACCACAAUCUGGGGCUUGAAAGAACUUAAGCGCCUUACUGUGAGUGAGCGAGAGGAGAUGUACAAACUCACUAAUGGCAGUGGCGAUGGUGCUCUCAAGAAAGAUGUUCCAGAAGACGUCCAGAAGGAUAGAUGUCUUGAUGGGGCUGACAUGAAACUCCUUAUGCCCUCCCCUAGUGAGCAAGAUCCCAUGACCCCCAGCACAGAGGCAUCUACUCCGAUGGAGCUGUAUGCCAAUGGUCAUGCAAAUCUUGUAAAUCAGACGAAGUGUGAUGAAGAGAGCUGCCCCCAAGUGUUUGACUGGAUUUGUUGUCACAAGGGGAAAACAUCUGUUGUCGAACCCAAAGUGGCUGAAGAAGAUGAAAGAGCUGUCCGUGAAAUGCUUCAUGAACCUCCUAAGAUCAAGCUCUUACUUAACUUUGGCCUGGUAUUUGUCUGUUCACUGGGUGUUUUCAUGUUUGUGUACUUCUCCUUGUAAUAUGCUGAUCUUGCAGUACUGUAAGGCCUGUGUGAAAGACAGCACAUUUAUAAGAACUGUUUGUUGUUAUUAUAAGCCAUUUAGGGUCUGUAAUAUUUACAGUGUGGUUUAUUUUUCUUUUUAGAACUUCCUUUUAGGGACUUUAAGCAUUUUGAAUCAUACUGAUAGAAGUUAUUUAUUCCUUUUACCUUGGUUCUCUCACACUUCCUUGAAAAUAUUCAGCUGUUCUUUGUGGUAUGUUGACAACCAAAUGCAUCAUUGAAACUGUAGCUUUUUUAUAGUUUAUACUUGGUUGAGCUAAGGUAAUGUAGGAUGUACUAUUUUCAUUCCUUGGUGAAUUUUGCCUUAAUGUGUGCACUCCUCCAAACCCAAAUGAGGUCAGUUUUUUGCCUCCAGCCAUUUUAUUAAUUCAACAUACCACUCCUAUAGUAGUACGUAAAUGUGUAAGGAAGUUGUCUUUUGCAUAUGCGCACUGUUAGGACUACCAAAUUUCUAAAACUUGACCUCACUUGUAAAUUUGUCACCUGUGUAACUAGAAUAGGGUUUCCAAGUUUUAAUGUGAACUUACAGUGCGAAACGGUGGGAAAUUUAUCAUGAUGUCAAAGUGUUUAUUUAAAUAGAUAUCACUAAAGUGUUAGGCUGUCUGAUUAAACCUAAUGUACAUUCCCAAAUACAAGGGAGGGUUUAGGUCUAUUCAUGUAAAUUGUAACUGUAAUUGUUUAUGUAAUUUGCUGUAUUUUCCGUACUUUCAUUACUUUGUAUUUAAAGCUACUUUCAUUGGACAAAAACACCAAAAUGCCUUUUUCGCAGAGCCGUGAAGACAUUGCUUUUUGUAAAUAUAACAUUUAAUGUAAAGAAAAAAAAAGACUUCCAAGACGUUAUCACUAGAAAACAACUCAACUCUAAAAUGCACAGUCUGAUUAUAUGGAUGUUACUAAAUGACCAUAAGAACUGCCACAGGAAAGACCUUAGCUGGGGAACACUGUCAUUGCGUUAAUUACUGAUAUCAUAACGGAUAUUAUGAUAUCCCAAAACAUUAAGACUGGGAUGUCCAAUUUUGAUUGCUGCGCAAAAUAGUAUCUUGUUCUUCUAGAAGAAGAAUUUGAUUGUGGCUGCAGUAACAGGCAUUGCCUGUUGUUGAUCUGCUGUUGAAUGCAUUAUUUGUUCAGAGAAAGGGGAACAGCUGGAUGGCCUUAGUGAAAAUGAGAUGGGCGUGAGGAAUUUUCUAGCCAGAUGUAACUUAUUUUUUUAAGUACAAGUUCACAAUGUUGUAUUAAUACCUUGAAAAGACCUUAAAUGUAAUGUCGUGAAUUCAAGAAGUUAUGUCAAAAGAGUUGUAAGAGGAGGUUUUAUUUUUUUUAUUUUUUUUAAUGGGCCUUCAAAAAGUCUUUUUAUUAAGUAGGGAUAAAGUCAUUGGAGAGCUAUUGUUUUACAUUAUAAAUUAAAUCUAUGUAAAUCACUCCAUAUGUUUAAAUCCAUUUUUGUACAGAUAAUCUCUUUGUAAAAAAGGUACAUUAAUAAAAAGAAAAUGUUCAAUAGACAUUCGUUCUUUUAUAUUUAUUUUCCCCAAAUUAAAGGUUUGGUUUUGGACUCUUGUGGUCCCUGUGAAUGUUAAUGAAGCGAUUCCUAUUUCUUUGCAGCUAUCAGCUCAUUUUAUUCUUAUUUGUAGGUUCAUUCUCAAUGUCAGAGGGGAAAACACAGUCAUAUCACUGCAUAAGCUGUAAUGAAAUUUACAAAGAUUAUCAGAGGCCUGAUUGAUUCAGAUUCAUUGUUCUCAUCAUCCAAACCUGACAUGAUCUCCUUGAAAUGAUCAGUUUUCUUGUGUAGUUUGUAGUAGACUUAUACUCCAACAGAACGUCCUUUUAGCACAUAUUGUACACUUGUAUGCAUGUCCUUUUUUUCUGGAAAUACUACUACUUGCUUAGGGUGUGGAAUUGAUUGUCGGUUUGGGAUACACCACAGAUUUUCAAACCAACACCAAAACGUUUUGAAUAUUUAUCCAUUCAUUUAGUAGUGAAAUGAUGAUGGGCUUCUGUCUUUUUUGAAGGCACUUACAUGUUGUUUGUUCAGUGAUUGAUAAUGUGAAUUGUAAUUGACUUACAUUAUUUCAUUCAACGUCACUCUCUGAGGUACUUAUUUUAACAUGGACUUUCAUAACAACAAAAGGGUUUUGUGUUCAUUUGGGUUUAUUUGUUUCAAUAGCUCAUGCUUUGUUUGUAUUGAAUCAUUUGUCAUUGGAUGGAUUUCAAAUAUUUCUGUUGUGUGAUUUAGUUUAGAGUUUGUACAUUUCUUACGAUGUCUUGUGUUGCCAGAAAGCUGGCUUUAUCGAUUCAUUGUGAUUUCCAUGAGCUAAAAAGAUGCAUAUGGAGUUUAUUGCUUUCAAUCUCUGAUCUUAUCAGAAAUACACAAAUGAUUUGUACAUUGUACAUUUGCCACUUUUAUUAUCAAAAGUUGCGGAUGAAUAAAAAGACAUUCAUUUAAGGACAAA